AUGUACUCGACAAAUUUCCAAGUCAUUAGUUUUAUUCUUCUCUUCGGACAACUUGCAACGAAAAGUUUAACAUUCAGUUAUCGAACAUGUCUACCAAAUAUUGAUUUAAUUCAUAUUGAACAUAUUCAUCCUUUGAACAGUCAACAUUUUCAAUUGAUCACCAAAGAUUUCCAUUUGAACAUUUUCUAUACCUAUCAAAAUCAUAAACAACGAUUUCAAUUUGGAAAUUUAAAUCCUUCCAUAUCGAAUCUAUCGAAUUUCGAUUAUCAAUUUCAAUCUGCGAUUAACUACUACCAUCAAAUCGACACAUGGAAUUAUGUGAACAUCACAUUCGACGAUCGCUUAUCGCGUGUUUUCGUCUCAUUUAAUAAUGACGAAACUCGAUUGAUACCGUUAAUUGAUUAUCCAAUCGAUUUUCACAAUAAGACAUUCCCGGAAAGCAAAUUAAGUGUACAAAUAUUAAUUCCUGAACAUGAUCAAAAUGUCACGUGUUUAUUACCAUAUGAUGGUUUCGGAAUCAAUAGUAACAGUGUUUGCUCGACAGAUAUCAAAACAUGUGAAUAUCGAAUAUGUAAAUCAUCAAAUAGUGCUGAACAGUAUUGUCCACUUUUUAAAAUGUUUGAUUGCCAGCCUUUUACCGGUACGUCAAAUCGAGCAGCAGUCGACUAUGGGAAUCGAUUUGUUGCUUUAAUUUUAGAUUUGGAGUGUGGUUUGAAGACAAUACCUGUUCCUUGUUCGUUCAAUCACUGUGAAAAUCAUGGCAAUUGUUAUGUGAAUAUCUUACGAAAUCUAUCGCAAUGCGUUUGCCCAUCUGGCUUCGCGGGCGAUCGAUGUCAAUAUGCAAUUGAUGAAUGUCAAUCAAAUCCUUGUCCCGUUCAAAGUAAAUGUAUUGAUUUGCCAAAUGGUUACACAUGUGUUUGUGAACCAGGAUGGACUGACAUCGAUUGUUCAGAAGAUCUCGAUGAGUGUCGAACAACUAAACCAUGUAAAGCAGCACGGCGGUGCACAAACCUUCGCGGAUCGUACAAAUGCGAUUGUCUGGAAGGUUUUACUGGACAAAAUUGUGAAAUGACACUUGAUCCAUGCAUCUCUCAACCAUGUUUGAAUAAUGCAACAAAAUGUCAUCCUAUUCUCGAUCGUGACAAUGUGUUUUAUCAUUGUACAUGUCAAUCAGGUUUUACAGGUGCACGCUGUGAAACGAAUAUCAAUGAUUGCGAAGGAAUUAUUUGUCCGAAAAAUAAUACUCAGUGCAUUGAUGGAAUCAAUUCAUUCCAUUGUGAAUGUAAAGCAAAUUUUAAACGAAAUUGGGAUGGGGAAUGUGUCGAACAGAAUCCAUGUGAUUCAUCGCCAUGUCAUCCGAAUGCCACAUGUUACAAUUUAAAUGGUGGACAAUAUCGUUGUAUGUGUCCACCAACGUAUACAGGCGUUCGCUGCGAUGAAGAUAUCGACGAAUGUGCAGUUUUUCCCUUCAUUUGUCGUAACGGUGGCUCAUGUGUGAAUGAAAUUGGCUCAUACCGAUGCUAUUGUUCCACCGGAUGGUUUGGCCCAACAUGUGCUAAAGCCAUUGACUAUUGUCUUUCACAGCCAUGCAAUCGAAAUGGAACUUGUCUUAACAAAAUCAAUGGUUUCGAAUGUCGUUGUUUACCACCUUACACAGGCAAUGUCUGUCAGUAUGAUAUCAACGAAUGUCUAAUCGAGCCUUGUGCAAACAAUGGUACAUGCUAUAAUUAUGUUGGUGGAUUUCAUUGUCAGUGUCCUGCUGGUUAUUUUGGCUUUCAUUGUGAAUAUCCGCCAUCGGAGUGUCAACGUUUACAACAAGCGAGUUUAGCGACUAAUUGUAAUGAUCCACAUCUAUGCGUUGUGAAUGAUACUGAAAAGCUAAGACAAAUUAAUCGAUUAGCAACGAGUACGUGCAGGACAGAACGUGAUCGAAUGUUGGAUAAUUAUUUUGCAUGUUUGAAUGAACAUAAAUUUAGCCACUGUAAAUGCCCUUCAGACAUUUUCCCAUGUGCAGAUAAUUACACGGAAACAUUCGGAAGGUCUUUGCUUUCAAAAUCGUCUUGUCCAUGUCGAAACGGUGGCAGUUGCUAUUGGCUCAAUUCUACUGAGUAUCGUUGUUACUGUCCACCUGGGUUAACCGGUAAAAAUUGUUUAAUCCAAAUUGAUUAUUGCGCAAGUCGUCCAUGCUACAAUAACGGUACUUGCCUAUCCCAACUGGAUAGAUUCACUUGUCACUGUCCAUCCGAAUACAAAGGCAUCUAUUGUCAAACAUUCGUCGAUCCAUGUGAAACUAAUCCUUGUUUGAAUGAUGGCUUAUGCGAGCGAAAUAGUCGAACGAAAUAUCAAUGUAAAUGUUUAACAAAUUAUACAGGUAGACAUUGUGAAAUAUUCCAAACGCCUUGCCUGUCGCAUCCAUGUCGAAAUAAUGGUAAAUGUUUCAAUCGUAACAACACAUACGAAUGUCAAUGUACACUGAAUUAUCAAGGCAGAACAUGCGAACAUUCGCCCGAUCUAUGUCUAACCAAAUCCAAUCGAAGUUUCUGUCUCAAUGGUGGUUCCUGUUUAAUGACAAACGAAUUAAUUCAAUGUUCAUGUUUAGCAGGAUUUACUGGUUUAUUUUGCGAAGUAAACAUCGAUGAGUGCUAUACCAAUCCAUGUUCAUCGCAUGGUGAAUGUCUGGAUCUCAUCAAUGGUUACCAAUGUCGUUGCGAGUCGGGAUGGCACGGUUAUCAUUGUGAAAGCAAACAAAGUGAAAUCAGUAAAUCGUUUGUUUAUCACACAAGCUUGUCUUCAACAUUUCAUUUACGUUCAUCAUCGAUUAACAUAUCAAAAAGUUUACCCUAUCGCCAUUCAUCAUUACCCAUUCGAAUUCAAUAUGAAUUUCGUACGACAUUGAAACAUGUUUCGUUGCUCUCGAUUGGUCAACGUUUUAAACAGGAAUUAGUCGAGCAUCGAAUAGUAACGAAUUUAGAUAACAAAACAUUGCUGUCGACGUCAUUUGACUAUGAUGAAAGUUGGUUAAUGAUGAGUGUCGAAGUUUUUCAUUUAUGGAUUGACGUGCGAAUCGGAAAAAAUUCUCUCUCGCAACGAUUUUAUGUCUCGAAUGCAUCGUUAGCAAAUUUAAUCAACAAUCAAGUUAUAUUUGGCCUCGAAAACUAUUCAGGUUGUGUGAGAAACAUUGAAAUCACAUACAGUCAAGUUUAUUCAAUUUCGUUAACCGAUCAAUUGAUUGAAACGAACGAAAAUCGUACUCUAGGUUGUGAAAAAACAAAUGCUUGUCAAUAUUCAACUUGUCGAAAGAAUGAGAUAUGUCAAGAUCAUUGGUUUUACCAUAUAUGCCAAUGUCAACGACCUUUCUUCGGUGAACGUUGUGAUCAAAUCGCUCCAAUCGUUUCCUUCAAUGAAAAUAGCGUUGCCAAUGUCAUCUUUUCGUCUCCUAUAUCAAACAUCUCUCUCUUCUUUAAUACGUUGCAAUUAAACGGUACUCUAUUUGAACUUAUUUCAUCGUCUAAACAGUAUCGAUUUGCUCGUAAUACUUUAUCAACAAAUCCGUCAUCAUCAAAAAUAACCGGAGGCUUCAUCGACGGUCACUUUCGAUUGAUUAUUAUCGACGAUGGGCCUAAACGACAAGAAUAUGAGUUGCGCAGCGAGCAACGAUUCAAUGACGGACAAACACAUAAUAUUCAACUUGAUUUAGAUAAUUAUCGACUGCUUAUCGAUGACAUUUACAAUGAAACAUUGACGAAAACCAAUCAUACCUUUCUACCGAAUCAAGUUGAAUUACUCGGUGAUGGGUCAUUACAAGGUUGGUUGCAAGAUGUACGCAUCAAUGAUCAAUUGAUUCCAUUUGAUCGAACGAAACAGUCACAAAAAGAUUUCAAUGUAACGUUCUUCCAUAUGAAAUCAUUAGAAACAAAUCCAUGUUACCCAAUCAAUCCAUGUUUGAAUCAAGGCAUUUGUCUCGUGACGAAUUCAAAUGAUUACUCGUGUCAAUGCAAUACGGACUGGUUUGGACGGAACUGCUCGGAACCCAAUAUCUGCAGCUAUCAUAACCAAAGUUUAUGUCCUGAUGGAUUUGUCUGCAAAGUAAUCGACGAAAAUCAAGAAUGUUUGGCCACGGCGACAUUCGAAGGCAAUACGAGCAGUUUAAUUGCCACAUUACAUCAUAGUUCAGUUUCACAGAUUUCAAAUGAAUUAUCGUUCCGACUUCGUGCACGCUCUCAACAUGCUCAUCUAUUAACUGUGAAGAAUUUGUACACAUCCAGUUACUUCUCGUUAUAUCUGCAUGGAAAUAACUUUCUCUAUCGUGAUUCCAUUCGAAUAACGGAUUUGAUUAUUGAAUUGAACAACGAGACAUUCGAUGAAUGGGCAACAUUUCACUUUCAUUGGUCAGAUUUCUCCACAUUAACCAUCAACUAUUUGUACACAUACACAAUCAAUUUAUCGCUGAAAGCAUUAUUAACGGCGAAUGGACAAACACAAAUAUUCAUUGGCAACGGCUUUCGUGGUUGUUUGGAAUACUUAUUAAUUGGUGAAAAUCUCUACAUCCCGUUUUAUAACGACAUGAUCUAUGAAAAUGACACACGCACGAACAAAUUCUUUACGGAACAAAUUGAAAACAUUCAAAUAAAUAAUUGUACAUUUAAUCAUAUAUGUGAUGAUAUGGAUUGCCAAAACGGACAAUGUAUGAGUGAUUUCGAUCAAGGCAGAUGUGUUUGUCAUCCGGGAUGGUACGGAGAUUUCUGUCAAGUCAAUAUUAACGAAUGUGAACAAGGUAAUAACUGUUCAAAAGAGCAUAGUAUUUGUGUGGAUCAUAUUGAUGGAUAUUACACAUGUCAAUGUGAUGAAGGAUUUACUGGACUUUAUUGUGAAACAAAUAUCGACGAAUGUUCAUCAUCUCCUUGUAAAAAUAACGGUACUUGUAUUGAUCUAAUCAAUGGCUACUCAUGUCAAUGUACGAGUGAUUAUAUAAACGCUCAUUGUACAAAGUCGAAGAAUGAGACUUGCUUUGGUCGAACGCAUCCAUGUCAAAAUAACGGCAUAUGUAUUUUGAAAAGUGCACAUUUUUAUGUUGAUAAUCCAGAAACGGAGUGUCAAUGUGCAAAUGGUUAUUAUGGACGAUGGUGUGAACAUGACUCAUGUUCAAAUUUAAUUUGUCAGAACAAUGGUACGUGUCAACGAUUACCAAAUGGCCAAGCGAAGUGUUCAUGCUUAGUCGAAUGGUUCGGAAAUGAAUGUCAAUAUGAUGUCAAUGAAUGCGAAGUAAAUCAAACGAAUAUUUGUUUAAAUAAUGGAACGUGUGCGAAUUUAUUUGGUGGUUAUGAAUGUCAUUGUCAGAAUAAUUAUCUGGGCAAAAAUUGCCAGCGAAAACAUGUCUGUCUAGAACGAUCACCUUGUCUUAACCAUGGACAAUGUAGAACUGAAGGAGAACAUUAUUAUUGCGAAUGCUCGGCGAACUUCACAGGCACACAUUGUGAAUUAUUGACGUGCGAAUCAGAACCAUGUCAACAUAAUGGAACAUGUUUAUCGAAUAUCAAAGACGAAUUUUUCUGUAAUUGCACUGGGACUGGUUACGAAGAUGAAAAAUGUAGUACGGAAAUCAAUGAAUGUCGAAGUAAUCCAUGUUGGAAUAACGGUACCUGUAUCGAUCAGAUCGAUGGGUAUCUUUGUACAUGUCCGUAUGGUUUCACUGGCUAUCAAUGUGAAAAUAAGCAGAAAGCUUUGAACUAUUUCGGUUUUUCCUAUCAUUAUAUCGUAUGGCCGGGUAUUGCGAUUUUACUGUUAAUGGCUAUUAUUUUACUAACAGUUAUUGCUGGCCGUAUACGUGAGAGCCGUCGAUUACGAGGUACAUAUCAUCCAGCAAUAAACGAAAAUGGUCAAACGUCACGAAUGGAGUUUAGCAUGAUUUUAAAACCACCACCAGAAGAACGUUUGAUUUAG